CACACCCCCAUCACCCAGGAUGAUGAUGUCAUCUGUACCACAGAAUAUUCUCGGAUCCUGCCCCUGGAAAAUGGGGAGGUGGUGGUGUCCUUGGUCAAUGGCCGCCCUGGGGCAAGAAACUUUAUGUUAUCGCCCACGCUGAGAGAGUUUACAAAGGCCACAAACAUCCGCUUGCGUUUUCUCAGGACCAACACCCUGCUCGGUCACCUAAUCUCCAAAGCUCAGAGAGACCCAACAGUCACACGGCGGUACUAUUACAGCAUCAAGGACAUCAGCAUUGGAGGGCGAUGCGUGUGCAAUGGGCAUGCUGAAGACUGCGGUGCCCAGAACUCCCAAAACCUGUACCAGUGUGAAUGCCAACACAACACUUGCGGAGAAAGCUGUGAGCACUGCUGCCCCGGGUACCACCAGAAGGCCUGGCAACCCGCCUCGUCCGGCCAUACCAACGCUUGUGAACCUUGCAACUGUCACGGACACAGCACGGCCUGUUACUACGACCCAGAGGUUGAGCAGCGCAGAGAAAGCUUGAAUGUCCACGGGCUCUACGAAGGGGGCGGAGUCUGCAUUAAUUGCCAGCACAACACAGCUGGCAUUAACUGUGAGAAAUGUGCCCACAGCUACUACCGCCCUGAAGGGGUUCCCGUAGAAGCGCCCCACGGCUGUAUCCGAAUCCCUAUAUAUCAGACCCCCACUCACAGACCAGGAGCUCCUGAAGCUGGACAUAUUCAAGCGUGCCAGUGCCACGGCGCAGGAGUGCUGGAUGGCCGAUGCCACCGGGAGACGGGGCACUGCCUGUGCCAACGAGGGUUUCGGGGCUUCGCCUGUGAGGAGUGCGAGGUUGGACAUUUCCACUACCCGCUCUGCCAGCAGUGUGAAUGUGACCCAGCCGGGGUCGUCCCGGAAAUCUGUGACUUCUUGGGGAAGUGCCUGUGCCGGUCUGGGGUUGGCGGGGCCCACUGUGACAGCUGCCUUUCGGGAUCCCACUCGUUCCCCGCCUGCCAAGGUUCCGACGACGAAUGUGACCCUGUGGGUACCAUCGAUUCUCAGUCCGGUUACUGCCGGUGUCAGCUGUACGUCCAGGGUCCCACUUGCAGCGUCUGCAAACCACUCUACUGGAACCUGGCGGAGGAAAACCUGGAGGGUUGUUCAGAGUGCCAGUGCCACUCGGCUGGAGUGGUGAGCGGUGUGGGUGAGUGCCAGCAGAGAGAUGGGGAGUGUUACUGCAAGGCUAACGUCUGUGGGGAUGCCUGCGAUACCUGUGAAGACGGCUACUUUGGUCUGGAAAACGGGAAUUAUUUUGGAUGUCAAGGUUGUCAAUGUGACGUCGGAGGGUCUCUCUCCCCCGUGUGCCAAGAACCCUCGGGAGCCUGCCGGUGCAGGGCCCACGUCGAGGGGCCGGCCUGCCAGCGGCCCGAAAGCACGUACUAUUUCCCCGACUUGCACCAUAUGAAGUUUGAGGCUGAAGAUGGCACGACGCCCGGCGGGAGAGAAGUUCGGCUCGGCUUUGAUCCUCUGGAGUUUCCCGCCUUCAGCUGGCGAGGCUACGUUCAGAUGUCCCCGGUUCAGAACGAAGUGAAGAUAACUUUGAAGGUGGAAAAGUCAAGCCUCCACUUAUUUCUGGUUAUCCUGAGAUAUCUGAACCCUGGAAUGGAAACGGUGUUGGGACGCGUGACCGCUUAUCCGUCUCUGCCCGAAGGAGGGGCUGUUCAAAGCAAAGAGGUUAUCUUCCCACCCACUGAAGAGCCCGGUUUUGUCACCAUCCCAGGAAGUGGCUUCGCCGAGCCAUUCUCUCUCAGCCCAGGACCAUGGGUCAUCAGUGUCAUGGCAGAGGGCAUCCUCCUGGAUUACCUGGUGCUGAUCCCCAGCGAGUACUACGAAGCUCCGAUCCUGCAGUGGCGAGUCACCCAGCCUUGUGCCCAUUCAGGACCCAUGGAAGAGAACUGCUUGCUUUACCAGCAUUUGCCAGUGGACAGAUUUGGCUGCCUCUUCGCGUGUGAGAGCACGCACUUCCUCGUCGCUGGAGAACCCAGGAAAUUAGUCCUCCGUCAGAGCACCCCAGGGCUCCCGGCCAUGGUUGACGUCAGCGGGAGAGAGGUUGAGCUGCAGCUGAGCUUGAGUGUUCCUCAGGCUGGCCUGUAUGUGGUUAUCCUUGAAUACGCCAAUGAAGACAAUCGGCUGUAUCCUGUGGACGUGGUGGUGAAUGAUCCUGGCUCUGUCUCAGCUGGCCGGGUGAACAUAUACAGCUGCAGAUACAGCUUCCCGUGCCGCAGUGUGGUGGUUGAUGACCUGGGCCGCAUUGCCGUGUUUGAGCUGCUAGAAGAUGCGAAAAUCCACUUGAAGGCAUCCGUGGCCCACUUCCUCCUGCACAAGAUUUGCUUUGUACCAGCGGAAGAAUUCUCCACUGAAUAUGUGAAACCCAGUGUCCACUGUGUCGCCAGUUACAGACCGUUCGUUAACCAAAGUGUGUCCUGCAUCCCGUCAGUGCACCACACGCCCCCGGGGACGCUGCUUUUGGAGGCCCGGCGUGGUGGGGACCGGCCCCUCACCCCACAGGAACUCCCGCCCUCCGCCCAGCCCAUCCUCGGGGCCACCUUGAAGUCACCCCAGAGCCAGAUGACCUUGCGGGGAAGAGUGUCGCGUCUCGGCAGAUACGUCUUUGUGGUUCAUUUCUACCAGCCGGACCACCCGACCUUUCCGGCAAGUGUAGCCGUGGACGCCGGUCGCCUCUGGACAGGUUCCUUCAGCGCGGCCUUCUGCCCGCAUGUUUUCGGCUGCCGGGACCAGGUGAUGGCGGACGGCCGCGUCGAGCUGGACCUUCCGGAGCCGGACGUGUCGGUGACCGUGAGGGUCCCGGAUGGCAAGUCCUUGGUGCUGGUGCAUGUUCUCGCCGUCCCAGCCGAGAGCUACAGCUACCAGCUUCUCCGCGAGAAGCCAGUGGACAAGGCGGUGGAUUUCAUCAGCAGCUGUGGGGGCAACAGCUUUUAUAUUGACCCCUCGACCGCAUCCGGAUUCUGUUGGGACUCCGCCACCUCCCUGGUGGCCUCCUACCACGAUGGAGCCGUGCCUUGCCAGUGCCACCCAGCGGGGACCACUGACCUGGAGUGCAACCCUCGAGGGGGGCAGUGCCCCUGCCGACCCAACGUCAUCGGCCGGCAGUGCACCCGAUGCCAAACCGGCUACUACGGCUUUCCGUCCUGCCAGGCGUGCAGCUGUGGCCGGCGGCUCUGCGAUGAGGUGACGGGCCGGUGCCUCUGCCCGCCUGGGACGGUCAGACCCGGGUGCGAAACCUGCCAGCCGAACUCCUUCAGCUACCACCCGCAGGCCGGCUGCCUGGCCUGCAACUGCUCUCAGGCCGGCACGAGCAUGUCGGCCCCCGCCGACUGUGACAGGAGCAGCGGUCAGUGCCGGUGCAAGGCCGGAGUGGCGGGGCGGCGGUGCGAUCGUUGCGCUUCUGGGUUCUACGGCUUCCCGGACUGUGCCCCCUGCAGCUGCCACCGCGGCGGGACGGAGCCGGCCGUCUGCGACCCCCAGACGGGGGCCUGCCUCUGCAAGGAGAACGUGGAAGGAGCAGAAUGUAACAUCUGCAGGAAUGGGUCGUUUUACUUGGACCCCAAGAACCCCAAGGGCUGUACCAACUGCUUUUGUUUUGGAGCCAACGUGCCUUGUCAGAGCUCAGAUAAACGGAGGACCAAGUUUGUGGAUAUGAUGGGCUGGCGCCUGAAGCUGGCAGACCAGGCAGACAUCCCCACCACCUUCAACCCUGGCAGCAGCAGCGUGGUGGCCGACGUCCAGGAGCUGCCCGCCUCCGCCCGCAGCGUCUACUGGAUGGCCCCGCCGUCCUACCUGGGGGACAAGGUUUCCUCCUACGGCGGUUUCCUCACCUACCAAGUGAAGUCCUUCGGCCUGCCCAGCGAGGGGAUGGUUCCUCUGGAAAAGAGGCCCGACGUGUUGCUCACGGGGCAGCAGAUGAAAAUCGCCUACCUAGACCCAAACCAUCCACUGCCAGACCGGAGGUAUUAUGGUCGUGUCCAGUUGCUCGAGGACAACUUCCGACACGCCAGCGGCAAUAACCGGGUCUCUAGAGAAGAACUGAUGACGAUCCUGUCUAGACUGGACGGCUUACACAUCAGAGGGCUCUACUUCGCCGAGACGCAGCGGUUAUCGCUGGGCGAGGUGGGGCUGGAGGAAGCCAGCAGCUCGGGCAGCGGAAGCAGGGCCCCUCAAGUGGAGCGGUGCUUCUGCCCCAGUGACUCGGCCGGUGACUCAUGCCAGGACUGCGGCCCCGGUUACUACCGGGAGAACAGAGAGUCACCUACGGGACCAUGUAUUCGCUGCAACUGCCACAACCACUCCCUUCGGUGUCAGGAUGGUUCCGGCAUAUGCAUCAACUGCCAAGAUAACACCGCAGGAGACCACUGCGAGCGCUGCAAAGAGGGUUACUUUGGAAAUGCCCACCGAGGUUCCUGUCACAUCUGCCCCUGUCCAUUUACGAACAGUUUUGCUACUGGCUGCGAAGAGAAUAAUGGAAGUAUACACUGUUUCUGCAAACCCGGCUACACCGGCACACAUUGUGAAAGUUGCGCUCCAGGGUACUUUGGAAAUCCCCAGAAGUACGGUGACAGCUGUCAGCCAUGCAAUUGCUAUAGCAACGGUCAGCCAGUCAUCUGUGACCCACAGACUGGAGAUUGCCCAAGCAGAGAACCCCAGGACAGCGGACCGGAGGGGGCUUGUGACGACUGCAACAGCUGCGUCACGACCCUCCUGCAAGACUUGAAUGUGUUGCGUGAGGAAGCGAGGUGGAUGAAGGCCGAGCUGCAGAGUUUCCAAGAGAGUGCCAAGGAGCUGGAACGGGUGAAGCAGAUUGAGGCCCGGGUCAAGGCUGUGCAGAACGAACUGACCAACUAUCAGGCGGCGGCCUCGAGACAUGGCUUGAAGAUAGACACCCUCGAGAAAGACUUCAUUAACCUGAACCGGGACUUCAACACCCUGCAGGAAAAGGCCGAAGUGAAUUCCAGGAAAGCACAGGUAUUUCACAGCACCAUGGCUCAGGCAAACCGGGAGCUGAAGGCAUUGGAUGAGAAGAUAAAUACUCUCUCUAGGGACAUUAAUGUCUUCCUAAACCAGAUAUCCGAGGUGGACGGUGGAAGGGGCGACCUUCCCUCUGGCGACUUUUCCAGGCAGCUGGAGGAUGCCAAGAAGAGGGUGACGGAGAUGAAGACCCACAACUUGAAGGAGCAGCUGAAAAAGGUGGAAGCGGAGAAGCAAGAGGCGCAACUCUUGUUGGAGCGGUUGAGGGCCGGGCUCGGAAACCACCGGCCGGAAGACCAAAGGACGGCUCAGACGAUCCAGGCCUCGCUGGACCAAUACGUAGCCCAGAUCAGUGACCUGGAGAAAGCUCUCCAGGAGGCAGCUGAGCAUACGAAGCAGGCAGAUGGUCUGAACCGAGUGAAUGAGCGGGCCCUGGCCGACAUUGAGAAACGGAUGCAAAAAGCCAAUUCCCAGCAGAACCAGAUGAACCGUAUCCUCAGUGAGGCCGAGUCAUCCUUGCGGCAGACCGGCAGUGUGCUCCGCCUGAUGGAGGGGAGCCAGGAGGAGUAUAAAAAGUCGUCCACCCAGUUAAAUGAGGUCAAGAGAGAACUGAGCACCAAGAUGAAGGACCUCUCCAGAGCGGGCGAUCACAACCCCCUGGUGGAACAGGCCGAGAAACAUGCCCAGUCUCUGCAAAAUCUUGCCAAGCAGCUGGAAGAGAUAAAGAGGAACACUAGCGGGGACGAGCUGGUGCGUUGCGCCGUGGAUGCCGCCAUGGCCUACGAGAACAUCAUCAACGCUGUAAAAGCCGCCGAAGACGCGGCCGACAAGGCCACGAAAGCCUCGGACGCAGCCUUGAAGACUGUGAAGAAGGAAGACCUGCCGGGAAAAGCCAAGACUCUGAAUGUUGACAGUGAAAAGCUGCUCAGCGAAGCCAAGGUGAAGCAGGAUGAGAUUCAGCAAGAAAUAGGUCCAGACCUUAGCGGGCUGAAGAGCAGCCUGGAGAAAGUGAGCAACCUCAAGCACAACCUGGAAACCACACUGGGCACAGUUCGGCGUGAUCUCCAGGGGAUCAACCGCGAUGACGUGGAGCAGAUGAUCGCCGCUGCCCGCGAUGAAGCUCGCCGUGCCGAGGAACGAACCGACAGCGUGCUGAAUGACCUGGACCCCAUCCAGAAGGAUGUGGAGCGACUUAAGGAAACCUAUAAAAGCAACCAGACCGAAAACUUCAACCAGGCUCUCAGAGAUGCCCGCUUAUCCGUCGAUAAGCUAACCGACGACCUCCCGGACAUCUUUAGCAAGAUGGAAAGCAUCAACCAGCAACUGGAGUCGCAGAGCAACAUCUCGGUCAACGUGGACCGAAUCCGAGAGCUCAUCCAGCAGGCCAGAGAUGCCGCCAACAAGGUGGCCGUGCCCAUGAAGUUCAACGGGCGUUCCGGGGUGGAGGUCCGACCGCCGAGCGACCUUGAUGACUUGAAAGGGUACAUGUCCCUGUCUCUGUUCCUCCACAAACCCAAGCCGAGAGCGGACAGCGGAGUCGACAACAUGUUCGUGAUGUUCCUGGGGAGUCGAAACAUCUCGAAGGACUACAUGGGCAUGGCGGUGAGGGAGGGCAGGCUCAUCUGCGUCUACAAACUGGGGGGCCAGGAGGUCGAAGUCCAGGCGAACCAGUACGUAACGGAGAGCGUAGAGGAGGAGGCCGUAAUGGACCGGGUGAAGUUUCAGAGGAUCUACCAGUUUGCAAAGCUCAGCUACACGAAAGAGGCCACCAGCAACAGGCCAAGACUUCCUGAAGUUAGCCAUAAGGAAAGCGAGGGCCACCACGUCCUCUUCGACCUGGACCCCGACGACAUCGUCUUCUACGUGGGUGGCUACCCCUCGGACUUCAAGCCUCCCGGGAGACUGAACGUGCCCCAGUACAAAGGCUGCCUCGAGCUGGAAGACCUCAACGAGAAAGUCCUGAGCCUGUACAACUUCCGGAGGACUUUCAACCUCAACACGAUCCAAGAGGAGCCGUGCCGCAGGAGCAAAGAGGAGUCCGACAAAAAUUUCUUCGAAGGUACCGGCUAUGCCCACAUCUCGAAACAGCUCGGGAAACAAUUCCCCAAAAGCUUUGAGCAGAUUAUCCAGACCACAGUUGACGAAGGGUUGCUGAUCUUUGGAGCCAACGAGAGCUCCUACAUCUCUUUGAACAUCGAAAAUGGCUCUCUGGUGUUGAGAUACAAACUGGAUUCGGGACCUCCAAAAGAGGCCAGAAACGAAGAGCUCAUAAGCGACGGCACGGACAAGAGGAUCCGGUUAAUGAAGAUUCCACAAAACAAUUCUGUGAGAUUAAAUACGAAGAACUUUCAAGUCAGGAUCGAAAACGUCACUUUGGAUUUUACCACAUACUACCUAGGAGGGAUUCCAACUCUGCUCCAGAAGCGGUACAACAUUUCCACCCCUCCCUUCCGGGGCUGUAUGAAAAACCUGAAAAGCAGUGGCAAGAUCAUCAAUUUAAAUGACACCGUCGGGGUCACCAAGAAGUGCUCAGAAGACUGGCAGUUGGUGCGGUCAGCCUCCUUCAACCGAGGGACCCUGAAACUGAGCUCCUCGGGAUUCCCGUUCCCCAACAACUUCCAGGCUUCGUUUGGCUUCCGUACUAUGCACCCAGAGGGCCUGCUGCUCACCUACCAGGCUGGGGAAAGUAAGUUAACAGUGUCACUGGCUGGCAGCUUCCUCGAAGUGACCACAAAGGACUCAAAUCGUCCACUGACAUCAUUCAGGAAUUACACAGAUGGUUUACUUCAUUACGUGUCCGUGAUAAAAUAUGACGGCAGACUGAAGCUUCUGAUCGAUGACCAGCUGGAGUUGAUCCAUGAAGAGGCUUCCAUCUCUUCUCCGAACUCCAAGCAGUCCAUCUUAAUUGGGGGGCCUAAUUUUGAGGGGUGUAUCACCAACGUGUUCAUCGAGAGAGAGUCUCAGAGACCAGAGGUGCAGAACCUCAUUAAUUACACUGACAAGUUAGACGUGUCCCUGGGGGGCUGCCGGGUGAACGAGCCACCUCUCCCGCUGCUGCUAGAAGGGCCCCUGAAGCGGAGCAACCCCAUGGCCUCCAGCAUCCAGUGGCUCCAGGGAGACAUGCCCGCCGAACCCCCGAUGGAGACCCGAGAGCAGCCCCACCCCGACAGCUGUCACCAGCAGCCCCGGCCCCAGGAGGGACAUGGGGCCUGGCAGUUUGGAGCAAGUCCUACCAGCCACCUGCGGUUCAGCCUCCUUCCUGCUGGGCAGAGAGCCAGGUCCCAGUUUGCAUUGGAGUUGCGGACGACCUCCCUGGACGGGUUGGUGUUCUUCAUGGGGACCAAGAGGUCCUCUAUGGCCCUGUACCUCUCCAAGGGGCGCCUGGUCCUCUUCCUGAAGACGGGCAAGAGACCCCUCCAGCUGAAGAGCAGAGACCAAUUCAGUGAUGGCCAAUGGCACAAGGUGGCAUUCGGGCAGAAUGGAAAUAAGGGGCAUCUUGUCAUCGAUGGUGUGAGUGCCCCGGAAGGGCGUUGGGCUGGAAAUUCCACCUUGCACCCCCACACCUCCUUCUACCUUGGUUCUCCUCUGCUGCCGAAAAUAAAGCACCUCCCCCAGCCCAGCUUCGUGGGCUGCCUGAGGAACUUCCAAGUGGACGGGAAGCCUGCGGUGCCCCCGACGGAGAACUCUGGCGUCAGCCCCUGCCUGGAGGGCCCGCUGGAGCCCGGGAUCUACUUCUCUCCAGGAGGAGGCCACCUUGCCCUCGAGCCCCCCUCCAUUCCAGGCGGGAAGGCCUUCCAUGUGGAGUUGAGCGUACGUCCCAGAAGCCUCCAAGGGGUCCUGUUGCACACUGGGAGCCAGGCCGGCUGGCACCUCAGCCUGUACCUGCGCGACGGAGAGGUCAUCGCGACUGCAGGCAGCGGUUCGGAAGAGUUCACGACGUCGGUCAGCCCCAAGCGGGCCCUGUGUGACGGGCGCUGGCACUCGGUGGCAGUCACAUUGGAGGAGAACAUGCUCCAUCUGAAGCUGGACUCAGACAGCAGCAAGGUCACCGUCCCUCGAGCCUCCCUUCCCUCCGGCCUGGGCCAGCUCCUCUACGUUGGAGGAAUCCCAGUUCACUCGAACCCAUCGUCGCUUCCUGUGUCAGACCAGUACUUCGGCUGCCUGAGGGACAUCGCCGUCAACAGGGCCCCAGUCUCUGUCCCCGCCACCUCACAGAUCCACGGGGAAGUCAGUCUAAUGGGCUGCCCCGCUCACUGACCCCUCCGGCCCCAGCGUGGGGCGAGCUCGUAAUCACCCGUGCGCCUUGAUCUCUCACCACCGCUCCCCAGAGAUGUUAGGAGGAGGCGAUUAAAACGUGGCCGGCUUGCCCUCCCGA